UCUCUCUCCCUGUUGGAAUCUUUUUAGAUCAUGUUCGAGACAUUCAACGUGCCCGCUAUGUACGUAUCCAUCCAAGCUGUACUUUCUCUGUAUUCAUCUGGUCGUACAACGGGGAUAGUCCUGGACUCUGGUGACGGAGUCUCCCAUACUGUACCUAUUUAUGAAGGUUACUCGCUACCCCAUGCGAUCUCGAGGAUCGACUUAGCUGGGCGAGACCUGAACGAUUACCUGAUGCGAAUGCUAACCGAGCGUGGCUACUCAUUCACGACAACUGCUGAACGCGAAAUCGUCCGUGAUAUCAAGGAGAAGCUAACAUACGUAGCUCUCGACUUCGAACAGGAGAUGACCACAGCAUCACGCAGCUCUACAGUGGAGAAGAGCUACGAGCUACCAGAUGGAGAAGUUAUUAGUACUGGUAACGAACGUUUCCGCUGUCCUGAGGCUCUUUUCCAACCAUCUCUCCUGGGCAUGGAGCAGGCUGGCAUACACGAAACGACGUACAAUAGUAUUAUGAAGUGUGACGUGGACAUCCCCAAGAACCUCUACUCCAGUAUCGUUCUAUCUGGUGGAACCACCAUGUACCCGGGUAUCGCUGACCGAAUGCAAAAAGAGAUAUCUGCCCUCGCACCCAGCUCGAUGAAGGUAAAGAUCAUCGCUCCACCUGAAAGGAAGUACUCUGCGUGGAUCGGUGGCUCUAUUCUAGCUUCGCUGCGCACCUUCCAGCCGAUGUGGAUCUGCAAGGAAGAUUACAACGAAUUUGGUCCAAGCAUUGUAAACCGAAAGUGCAUCAGCUAUUAGUGGGCGCUACACUUCCGUACACAUGUCUUGCUCUCGUCUUGUUUUUCUCUUUCUCUCUCUUAGGUCCUUCUCUAUUUUUCUUGGCGCGCUUUGUCUGUGCAGACGCCGAGACCACCAAGUUCGGCUGAGCAGCAGGGCCCGCCGCCACU